UUUCCCGCGUUUUGGGUAGUUCAGGAAAUAUUGAAGAGUUGCGGACACAAACAAGUAUUCUCGGGCUCCGACAUCCAACCACUAACCACAACAACAUCGAAACACAAACCCGCCGCCCUUGUUCGCUCGUCGUGUUGUGAGUGAGCGCGCUUUCCAUCACGAGACUAUCGACAUGCCGCCGAAGAAGCGCAGCAGCGGGACCCCGCAGAAAAAAGAGUUCAAAGGGAACACGAAGAGCGAAUCUCCGGACAGUAGCGAGAACGCAGUGCUGAGCCCUGAACGACACAAGGACAAGGAGUCUGAAUUCGUGUCUCUCAGUGAGGAACUCCGUGCCACAAAUCUCAUCUGUGAUCAUGCUUGGAGAAUUUGGGAGAGGGAGAUCAGGCCGAUGGAAAAGGCAAAUAUGCCGUAUUCGAACAGACAGCAGUGGGGAGCUUGUUUGUUCAUUGCUGGCAUGGAACUUGAAGACAUCAGCCUGACCUUCACACAAUUCCUAAAAGUGGUUGGACUGAGUGUGAAGCAGUUCAUCAGCCUUGUGAGGAAGAUGGAUGUAAACGUGGACACAAUAAGCCCUAAAGUGAACAUUGCUGUGACACGACUGGAGAAGAAAUAUGAUGUGACCUUUGCCCUCUACCAAAGAUUUGUGAAGACUUUUGAAAAAAUCUUCGCAGAGCCUGACAAAGAAAAGAGAAAAGAGCUUUGGGAAAGCAGUUGGACCUUGUUCCUCUUGGCUAAGGGAACAUUUCUGCAGAUGGAGGAUGACCUUGUGAUAGCCUUCCAGUUGUUGCUGUGUGUUCUGGAGUUCUUCACCAAGCGUUUCACUCCUUCUCUCCUUCAAUCCCCCUACAAGUCAGCGGUUAGUUCAUCCACCUUGAGUCCUCCGACCAGGGCAUCCCGGCGUAAUCAGGGCAAAACCAAACCCCGUCCACCAGAGAUGAACAUGCAGUUGCUGGAGACACUGUGCAAGGAGGGCAAUUGCAGUGUGGAUGAGGUGAAAAACGUGUACCAGACCACUUUCUGUGCGUUCCUGGACUCUGUGGGUCUGUCAGGACUCCAAGGGCUUCCUCCUAUGGAAACACUUUCCAAGCAGUAUGAAGAGCUGUACCACAAAAACAAGGACUUUGAUGCCAGGUUGUUCUUGGUGGAUGAUGAAACUCUUUCCCCAAACCAAAUAGAAGUGUCAAAGGUGGAAGUGACUCCAAGAAAGAAUUUUCCAGGCGAAGAUGUUGUAAUUCCAGUUCCACAGACCCCAAUCAGAGCUGCAAUGAACUCCAUACAGCAGCUCAGGGUUGAUCUCACCUCAGCUAGUGACCAGCCCUCAAGCAAUCUCCUAGUCUAUUACAAGAACUGCACUGUUGACCCAUCAGAAGAGAUCAGAAAGAGGGUUGAGGAGCUGGGCAAGGUCUUCAUCCAGAGGUUUGCACAGGCUGUGGGCCAGCACUGUGAGGGACUGGGGAGAAAGCGGUUUAAUCUUGGUGCCCAACUCUACUACAAAGUCAUGGAGUCGAUGCUCAAAUCGGAGGAGAAGAGAUUAUCUGUGCAGAAUUUCAGUAAACUUCUCAACAAUGCUGCAUUUCAUACCUCACUGCUUGCAUGUGCCCUGGAAGUUGUACUGGCAACUUAUGUUGGGAACUCCAUAAAGAAUGGAGGUUUUGGCAGCUCAGGGGCCAGCGAUUCCAUUGAAACUGAUCUGUGCUUCCCCUGGAUCUUGGACGUCUUCCAGCUUCCUGCUUUCAACUUCUACAAGUUGAUAGAGAGCUUCAUCAAAGCUGAGCCCACCCUGAAGCAUGACAUGAUGAAGCACCUGGAGCAGUGCGAACAUGUUAUCAUGGAGAGCCUUGCGUGGAGAGCGGACUCUCCUCUCUUUGACCUCCUGAAACAGUCCCGUGAGGAAGGACCUGGUGAACAAGCAGAGCCCCCCGCAACAUUGAACCAACCCCUGCAUCACAACCACACCGCUGCUGAUCUGUAUCUCUCUCCCGUGCGGCCGAGCCGCCAACCCCCGUCAACAGAGGCUGAGCCCCCAACACCAGGCACCAAUGCACCCCGUUCAAACUCUCUGAGCCUUUUCUACAAAAAGCUGUACAGGAUGGCCUACCUGCGACUGAAAACGCUGUUCUCGCACCUGCUGACCUCACACCCAGAACUGGAACCUAUAAUAUGGACCCUGCUUCAGCACACCCUCCAGAACGAGUACGAAUUAAUGCAAGAGAGACACUUAGACCAGUUGAUCAUGUCGGCUAUGUAUGCCAUAUGCAAGGUGAAGAACGUUGACUUGCGCUUCAAAACUAUUGUGACCGCUUAUAAAGAGCUGCCCAAUGCUAAUCAGGAGACAUUUAAGCGUGUGCUGAUCAGAGAGGGUCAGUACGACUCCAUCAUUGUCUUCUACAAUCUGGUCUUCAUGCAGAAGCUCAAGACUAACAUUCUUCAAUAUUCCUCUCCUCGGCCGCCACCUCUGUCUCCCAUUCCUCGCAUCCCCUGCAGCCCCUAUAAAAACUCUCCUCUGCGUGUGCCCGGCAGCAAUAACGUCUACGUCUCCCCAUUGAAAAGCAGCCGCAUGUCCCCUGUACCCAUGACCCCACGGAGCAGAAUUCUUAUAUCGAUCGGCGAAUCCUUUGGGUCUGCAGACAAAUUUCAAAAGAUCAAUCAGAUGGUGAGUAGCACUGAUUGGUCCCUCAAGAGGAGUCUGGAUGGAGGAGCCGCCCCCAAACCACUUAAGAGAUUGCGCUUUGACAUGGAUGGACAAGAUGAAGCUGAUGGAAGCAAAUCAAGUGGCGAGUCAACGCUGAUCCAGAAGCUGGCUGAGAUGAGUAAGUUUCCUUUAACCUUUUGUACACAUCUGUUGUCUGAACUGUAAGCUGGAUUUCACAGA